GAUUGGAAACCAGAAAUCGCCAAUUCAAGAACGCCCUGUAUGGCGCCACCUCUUCCGGAGUCUUACGCAGUCACAACCUGAUAUUUAUCGUUUGUUUGAUAAAUAAAAAGAGCCCGUCUGAAUCCAAAAGAACCCUAUCUAUCAGUAUCAGAUAACAACACUGCAACACUUCUACAAACACUUCACGAGUCGCCUCGUUUCUGGACUCAGUCCGAGUUCGCCGCCGCCGACGAGUCGCCGUCGAGUCAGCGACCAUGAGCGACAUGGAUCGUUCUCGAGCUUUCCUCAAGGACGUUAAGCGCCUCAUCAUCAAGGUUGGAACUGCGGUUGUUACUCGGAAUGAUGGAAGAUUAGCGCUUGGAAGACUAGGUGCUCUUUGCGAGCAGAUUAAGGAGUUGAAUUCUCUAGGAUAUGAGGUUAUUUUGGUGACCUCAGGCGCUGUUGGUCUUGGUCGCCAAAGGCUCCGAUAUAGGAAAUUGAUUAACAGCAGUUUUGCUGAUCUCCAAAAACCGCAAGUUGAAAUUGAUGGGAAGGCAUGUGCGGCUGUUGGACAGAACAGUCUUAUGGCUCUCUACGACACAUUGUUUAUUCAGCUUGAUGUGACGUCGGCUCAGCUUCUUGUAACGGACAAUGAUUUCAGGGAUAAAGAAUUUAGAAAACAACUGAGUGAAACUGUGACAUCAUUGUUAUCUCUUAAAGUUGUUCCUAUACUUAAUGAAAAUGAUGCAGUCAGUACUAGAAAAGCUCCAUACGAGGAUUCUUCUGGUAUAUUUUGGGAUAAUGACAGUUUGUCGGCUCUUCUAGCUUUAGAACUGAAGGCUGAUCUUCUUGUUCUCUUGAGCGAUGUAGAGGGUCUCUAUAGUGGCCCUCCAAGUGAUCCAAAUUCGAAGCUUAUCCACACAUACAUUAAGGAAAAGCAUCAGUGUGAAAUUACUUUUGGAGACAAAUCUAGAGUAGGAAGAGGAGGUAUGACUGCCAAAGUAAAAGCUGCUGUCAAUGCAGCUUAUGCUGGAAUACCGGUUGUUAUCACCAGUGGGUAUGCACCAGAAAACAUUAUUAAGGUUCUUAAAGGACAGCGAAUUGGUACCCUCUUUCACCAAGAUGCACACUUAUUGGCCCCGGUUAACGAAGUUGAUGCGCGCCAAAUGGCAGUUGCUGCAAGGGAGAGCUCAAGACGACUUCAGGCCUUAUCUUCACAAGACAGGAAAAAAAUUUUGCUUGACGUAGCUGAUGCCUUAGAGGCAAAUGAAAAGCUGAUCAGUGCUGAAAAUGAAGCUGAUGUUGCUGCAGCACAGCUAGCAGGAUAUGAGAAACCCUUGGUUGCUCGACUGGCUCUGAAGCCUGGAAAGAUUAAAAGCCUUGCCAACUCUAUCCGAGUUCUUGCAAACAUGGAAGAUCCAAUUGGUUGUCUUUUGAAGAGAACUGAGAUUGCAGAUGGACUUAUAUUAGAGAAAACAUCAAGUCCGUUGGGCGUCCUCCUGAUUGUUUUUGAGUCUCGGCCUGAUGCACUAGUACAGAUAGCUUCACUAGCAAUCCGUAGUGGCAAUGGGCUUCUUCUGAAAGGUGGAAAGGAAGCCAAACGAUCAAAUGCAAUUCUGCACAAGGUUAUCACUGAAGCCAUCCCAGAAACUGUUGGAGGAAAACUAAUUGGACUUGUGACUACAAGAGAAGAGAUUCCUGAUCUACUUAAGCUUGAUGAUGUGAUAGAUUUAGUGAUCCCAAGAGGCAGCAAUAAGUUGGUUUCUCAAAUAAAAAGUUCUACCAAGAUUCCUGUCCUGGGGCAUGCUGAUGGAAUCUGCCAUGUCUACCUUGAUAAGUCUGCUAAGAUGGACGUGGCAAAGCAAAUUGUUUUUGACGUAAAACUGGAUUAUCCAGCAGCUUGCAAUGCCAUGGAAACACUCCUUGUUCACAAGGAUUUAAUGCAUACAAGUGCUCUUAAUGAGCUCAUUGUUGACCUUCGCACUGAAGGUGUUACUUUAUAUGGUGGACCUAGAGCAAGUUCUGAACUGAAUAUUCCAGAGGCACGUUCAUUUCAUCAUGAGUACAGCUCACUGGCUUGCACUAUUGAGUUCGUGGAUGAUGUAUAUGCAGCCAUUGAUCACAUUCAUAAACACGGAAGUGCACAUACUGAUUGCAUCAUAGCAGAAGACCAAGAAGUUGUGGAAGUUUUUCUACGUCAAGUUGACAGUGCUGCUGUUUUCCAUAAUGCAAGCACAAGAUUUUGUGAUGGCGCUCGAUUUGGACUAGGUGCAGAGGUUGGAAUAAGCACAAGUCGAAUUCAUGCUCGUGGUCCUGUAGGAGUGGAAGGAUUGCUAACAACAAGAUGGAUCCUCAAAGGAAGUGGGCAAGUAGUUGACGGUGAUAAAGGGGUCGUCUACACCCACAAGGAUCUCCCUAUUGAGUCCUAAGCCUAUGGAUAGAGUCACAAACAUCCACUACAGCCUUCGUUGCCGCCUCUGCCCCCGCGGUGCCAGGGAAAGGUCAGAACCCUAUCCCUUGUUCCUUGGGCCUUCAAUGGAUGGGGGAGGUUAUGGAUGGAAAAAGAUCGUUUGCCCUUGCGCGUUGCUGCAUUAUAUUUAGUGUAUUGUCUUGCUAGACUAAUUUUAUAUUUCAUCUCCGUUGCUUUGGGACAAAAUGGCUAGUGAGAUAAAUUAACACCUCGUUCAUUUCACCAAUUUUAGUUUUCAGUUUUAAGUUUCUAUAGUUAAAAGCUCUCAGAAAAUAUCACAUCUUAGCUUAAAUUGAAAACUCGAAUCCGUAAAGCGAACGAGGUCUAAAUUACCAUUUCAAUUGAUUGAUAGUGUCUAUUUGCUCGUGUCACCAAAUUGCGGAUAGCCAAUUUACAUUAGCUCCUAUUUAAACAUAAAACAUCAACUUUACGUACUUUUUUCCUUAAAAAAAAAAAAAAAAAAACAUCUUUUUGGGAUUUACUUGCGUAAUUGGCGUUUCUGAGCAAAAAUACAUUCUCUCUCCAUAAAUAAUAGUGGCCUUCAAUUGGCUGAGCGCCCUAACACUAUACAUGUAUCCACCUUUGCGUAGUCUGCUUGAGCAUUCUAUGAUUUAAACGUUUUGAUGUGCUUUUUGUUGACCUUGGAGUGGAAACCGGGAGGAAUUAAACUUGUUAUCUUUAAGCUGGUUCAUGGAUUCAGAAUUAGUUUUGGUUUACGUGUAUUUUUUAUGAGAGAAAAUAUUGU